UGACUUGAUCUUCCAUCUCGUGUCUUGCUUGUAACCAUCGUGACCAUGAAGGCAACUCUGGUUCUCGGCUCCCUCAUUGUAGGCGCCGUUUCCGCGUACAAGGCCACCACCACGCGCUACUACGAUGGGCAGGAGGGUGCUUGCGGAUGCGGCUCGAGCUCCGGCGCAUUCCCGUGGCAGCUCGGCAUCGGCAACGGAGUCUACACGGCUGCCGGCUCCCAGGCUCUCUUCGACACGGCCGGAGCUUCAUGGUGCGGCGCCGGCUGCGGUAAAUGCUACCAGCUCACCUCGACGGGCCAGGCGCCCUGCUCCAGCUGCGGCACGGGCGGUGCUGCUGGCCAGAGCAUCAUCGUCAUGGUGACCAACCUGUGCCCGAACAAUGGGAACGCGCAGUGGUGCCCGGUGGUCGGCGGCACCAACCAAUACGGCUACAGCUACCAUUUCGACAUCAUGGCGCAGAACGAGAUCUUUGGAGACAAUGUCGUCGUCGACUUUGAGCCCAUUGCUUGCCCCGGGCAGGCUGCCUCUGACUGGGGGACGUGCCUCUGCGUGGGACAGCAAGAGACGGAUCCCACGCCCGUCCUCGGCAACGACACGGGCUCAACUCCUCCCGGGAGCUCGCCGCCAGCGACAUCGUCGAGUCCGCCGUCUGGCGGCGGCCAGCAGACGCUCUAUGGCCAGUGUGGAGGUGCCGGCUGGACGGGACCUACGACGUGCCAGGCCCCAGGGACCUGCAAGGUUCAGAACCAGUGGUACUCCCAGUGUCUUCCUUGAGAAGGCCCAAGAUAGCCAUGUCUCUCUAGCAUUCUUCCGGCGUCAGUCUGAUCUGCCUAUUUAAUCAGGUCAGUCAAUAUGU